CCUUACCAACCAACUUCUUAUUAUCCUGGUUUAUUUCCUUCUCCGAUGGCUACUCAACAGCCAAACUAUAGAGUUCCUCCAAACUAUCAAGUCCAUGCUCAAGCCCCUCCGUCUACUCAACAGUGUCCACCACAACAGCAAUUGUCCGUUAUUGGUGAUGGUGGUGUGAAUCAACAGAUGCCACCCAAUCAAUCCACACAAUCUCCUUAUAAAUCUCCUCUAACCUUCGAUGCCGGGCAACCUUCCAAUCAACCUUACAAUUUCAGUGCUGCUAAAACUGACGCAAAAGUCGAAAGCAGUCAAGUGGUCUCUGAUUCAUCACUCAAUGCUAAAAAAAAAAAGAAUACGAAGUUGAAACAGGGGUUGGCUGUUGCGGGCGCUGCGGGUGCAGGGUUGAUCGGCGGAUUUCUUGCCGGUGAGGCGAUGGAAUCAAGGAGGGAACAACAGUUCGAAGAUCUUUACGAUGCGGGGGCGGAAUUAGAACGUGAAAAGGAACGAGGUUAUGAUUCCGAUAAUUCCGAUGAUUUCAGCGAAUA